UUGUUUUUUUGGUAUCCUUUGUUGUAGAGCAUACCUAUGUAGGCUUAGGAGUAGCACCAGCUAGCAAUACCAACAGAUGUGUUCAGCUAGCUCCCAUUGUGUACUUGUUUGCCAUAUUGUUUAUAGUAAUGCUAUAUAUAGAUGCAGACACGUGCACGCUCCUGAGCUCCUAUCAGCCUCCCUAGAUUUACUCUUCAACAAAGGAUAGCAUGAGAACAAAGCAAAUGUUAUAAUAUAAGUAAAUUAGAAUGUUGUUUAAAUUUGCAUCCUCUAUCUAAAUCAUGAUUUAUUAUCCAAUUUAAUCAUCUUCAAAUGUUAUUUGCCAUUAUAGACAACAAAUCCAAAAGGCAUCUGAUUGCAACAUUAAUAAGUUCCCUUUUAGGUUUGAAUAGUAAAAUCAGCUGAUAUUUUUGUGGGUUUUACUGCAAUAAAAUUGGAUUUUUUAAAAAGCUGGGAAAAAUUCCAGUUAUGACUUGCUAAUGAGACAUCAGUUCUGAGGUUUAAGAGAGAAUGCAGACAAUUGGUGAUUAAGAUAAAGUUGAAGAGGGAUGAGGGGGGGGCAGACUAAAGCACUGAGCUUACAGAGGAAAGUUGGUAGAAUCAUUUGAGGAAGGGAGAGAAACAGGAGGAAAGCAGAUAUUGGGGAAAAAAAAGAAAAUGAGAAAAUAAAGAUCUAGAGAAGGAGCAAACAGUAAAGACCGUGGGACUGGGGACCGUGCAGGAUGACAAGGUAAACAAGGCACAUAUGUGUGAGACGGGAAGGAGGAGAAUAAAAGGACAAAAACGUAAAGAAUUAGAGAAGAGGAAGAGGGGGAGGGAUAGAAAUAAGAGAAGGUAUAGAGAGGGAGGGAGGGAGGUAACGGCGAAGGGGAGAGAGAAAGACACCGGCUGAGGAGGAGGUGGUGGUGACACAUGGGACAGAGAAGACGGGAUGAGGGAGAGAACGUACUAUAGAGGUAGAUGAAAGAGAGAGAAUGAGUAGAUGGUGGAAGCCAGAGGGGAGAAAACAGAGAUAGGGAGGAAGGAAGGAAAGAAAUAGAAAGAAAGAUAGAAACAGGAUAUAGAGGAGAUAAUAUAUAAGGAGGUAGAGAAAAGGGAGAAAAAGAAAAAGAGAAUAGAAAUGAAAGGAUACAGAAGAGAGUAAAGAGAAUAUACUGAGAGAGAAUAGAAAUAGAGGGAGAAAAAGAGAGAGAAUGAGAGAGAUCAGGACAGACGACAAAAUGAAGAAAGAAUAUAAAGAAAAUUAAAUGGGAGACCCAAUACAAAGACGAUAAAUAAAGAGGAAGAGCACAGAGUGAGGCGAGACGCUGAUGGGACAAAAAGAACACCCACGGAGUGAACAAACCGGAGCGGCAGCCUUCAUCUGGAGCACAUUUUUGGCCAAUCAGUAAUGGUUCUCCUGUGGCUUCUGUUAGUUUUGGCCCCCUGGCUAACAGAUGGUCACCCACAGUGCCUGGAUUACAAGCCACCUUUCCAGCCUUCCAGGCCACUAACCUUCUGCACAUCUUAUACCUCCUUUGGGUGCUGUGACAAUUCCCAGGACUCUGCGAUCUCUGAGAGGUAUAGAUACAUUGCCUCCUUUCUGGACCACUCCGCAGUGGCCAUUUGUGGCAACUACCUCAAGGAUAUCCUGUGCCAGGAGUGUUCACCUUAUGCCGCCCAUUUAUUUGAUGCUGAAGAUGCCAACACCCCCCUCCGUGACCUGCCAGGGCUAUGUGGCAACUACUGUACAGAGUUUUGGACACGUUGUCGAUAUACACUCAGUCUUCUUAUUGAGGACAGAGAUGUAGGGGCUAUAGAGGGCAGCCUUGUCAAGUUCUGCCGCUUUCUGACUUUAGAUGAUGUUAACUACUGCUACCCUAAUGUUUUAACAAACGCUGAGCUCAAUAAUGGGUUGGGGAAUGUAAAAGAAGAUGAGGAAGGAUGUCUUCAGUUAUGUCUACAAGAAAUCGCCAAUGGACUACGUAAUCCAGUAGCCAUGGUUCACGCUAAUGAUGGGACUCACCGUUUCUUCAUAGCUGAGCAGAUGGGUUACAUCUGGGUUUACCUUCCUAAUGGCUCACGCAUUGACAAUCCUUUUUUGAACAUCUCCAAAGCUGUACUGACCUCCCCAUGGGCUGGAGACGAAAGGGGAUUCCUAGGAAUUGCCAUGCACCCCAAUUUUCGCCAUAAUGGAAAGUUUUAUGUUUACUACUCUAUCUAUGCCAAGAAGGAGGAGAGAAUAAGGAUAUCUGAAUUCCAUUUGUCAACUGACAAUAUCAACAUGGCAGAUCACACUUCUGAAAGAGUAAUCUUAGAGGUGACAGAGCCAGCGUCCAACCACAACGGGGGACAGAUCCUGUUUGGAACAGAUGGAUAUCUAUACAUCUUCACUGGGGAUGGGGGUCGAGCGGGUGACCCAUUUGGACAAUUUGGAAAUGCCCAGAACAAGUCCUCCCUUCUGGGUAAAGUCCUACGCAUAAAUGUGACAGGCAACGAGAAAGGCCCACCCUACCGAAUCCCACCAGACAACCCUUUCCUGCGGGAUCGCAGGGCCCGACCUGAGGUAUUCGCUUACGGCGCCAGAAAUAUGUGGCGAUGUUCUGUGGACAGGGGCGAUCCGGUGACUGGGAGUGGACAGGGAAGAAUCAUCUGUGGGGACGUAGGGCAAAACAAGUUUGAAGAAGUGGAUCUAAUCAAAAAAGGAGGGAAUUAUGGAUGGAGGGCCAAGGAAGGCUUUUCGUGUUAUGACAGAAAGCUGUGCAACAAUGCCUCGCUCAAUGACAUCCUACCCAUAUUUGCCUAUCCGCACUCACUGGGGAAGUCCGUAACCGGGGGAUACAUCUACAGGGGCUGUCAGAUGCCCAAUUUGAAUGGUCGAUACAUCUUUGGAGACUUUAUGAGCGGGCGGCUGAUGUCCCUAAAAGAAGAUAAAACCGACGGACAAUGGCACUACACAGAACUCUGUAUGGGAAAAGGCAUCACUUGUAACUUUCCUAAACUCAUCAACAGCUACUUCCCAUAUAUCAUCUCGUUUGGGGAGGACGAGGCAGGUGAGCUUUACUUCUUAUCAACUGGAACACCCAGUGCGGCGGUGGCAGGCGGCGUAAUGUACAAGAUUGUGGAUCCAUCUAAGAGAGCUACACCAGGCAAAUGUUCUCGUAAUCCUCGACCUGUUCCAGUGAAAGGGAAACUUGUGGAUUUUUAUCCAAAGCAAAAACUUAUCUUAAAAUCUGCAACAAAGCCUCCUCUGACGACCAUAACUAGUAGAGGUGAAGAUAGAAGGAGAUUUAGUACUACAACAGAGCCGCGCAUUACCUCUAAAACUUACCCAACUAUUACCUCAGUGAGAACUACCAGCUCCCCCAAGUACGUAACACCUGCACCUCUUCCUAAACCAACUAUCACAAGGCAGUGGCUAACGCAAGUGCCACAUACACAGAAGCCCGUAACUAUGAAAAAGAAAGAAGGAAGAAUGACAGCAACUCUGCAACCACCAAUAACUCAACGGAGGGCAACAAUGUCUUGGCACAAUGAACUGGUAGACAUGUUCACUGCAAGGGGGAGAUCCUACACAACUGUAAAGCCACCUUUUGCCACCACAACACAACUACCCAAGAAAAAAACUCAGACGGUUAGCAAACAAUCAAACAAGAAGCAUAAAGGUUCAAAAAAGGUCAAGACAAAAAUCAUCAAGAAGAUCAAAAACAAACGGAAGAAAAUCAAGCACGGGACAGUGCGCCUCGUCAAUGCAGCCAACCUUCCUGAUCGAGGUAGGGUGGAGAUUCACAUCAAUGGGGAAUGGGGAACAGUCUGCAAUGAUAGGUUUGACAGUAGGGCAGGGGCAGUAGUCUGUCAGCAGCUGGGGUAUCCAUUUGUGUUGAAAGUGACAAAGAAAGCGGAGUUUGGAGAAGGUAAACAGCUUAGGAUACUGCUGGAUGAAGUCAGAUGUGAAGGACUGGAGAGCACCCUCUUGGAAUGCCGCAGGUCAAAGGUCGGAGAACAUGACUGCUCUCAUGAAGAAGAUGUUGGCGUUGUGUGUGGAAUGAAGGAGGAAGAAUACAGUGAGGAGAAACCAUCAUCGAAGCCAUAAGCUGAGCAGUAUUGUCCAAUAAACAUUUGAUGAUUUAUGGCUUGUAAAAUACCUCCAAGUUUUGACAUUGUGAUCUGGAAAUUCAUAAUUUUAUGUAUAUUUCAGAAUUGUUUAAAGAAAUUAAAGGAGGUAUUGGGAGAUGUGCAAGUAGAGCUUCAGUUGGUUGGAGGAACCGGAUACUUGUUAGAUAUAAAUAAGAAGACGGUUUCUUUCCAUAAUUUUAUGGAGCUGAAGAUCAGGAGAUUUAGAUGUGGACAGAAAUCAAACUUACAGACUUUUCUUAACUUGAUCUCAACCACUAUAUCCUCAUGAAUUGUUUUACCGUUAUUUUUUUUUUUUUUUACUGAAAAAGCAAUGACUUGUCCUUAGCUGGUCUUGGGUUAUAUAAUAAUGGAAUUAACAUAUCAAACUAAAUAGUGUUGUUAAUGGAACACUCUAAAAGAAAGGGAUGUCCAAAUCUAAAGGCUGGACAAAAAGCUACUCAUUUGUAUAUGUAUGUU